AUUUAUCGAUAGAUACCACAAGCACAGACAAAGCAAUUGUUGCUUGGCGGAUGUUUAGACAAUCCGCAAAGUUGUAGUUUUAUUUCGCCACAAGCGAUAACACUGUUUUACCAGCUAUCGAGGAUCGGCGAGCAUGGAGGAGGACCACUACAUGAUCCUGGGAGUGGACCAGGAGGCCACCGAGGAGGAGAUCAAGCAGGCGUAUCACCGGAUGGCCCGCAUCUACCAUCCGGAUAAGAACCACCACCCGCGGACGUUGGAGUACUUCAAGAAGAUCAGGGCCGCCUUCGACGUCCUCUCAGACAGGUCGCUGAGGGCGACCUACGAUCGCAGCUUGAGCCGCAGAUCGUCGAGUGCGGCCUCCAAUCCGCGGCCUGCGGGCACCCACCCAGGCUACCAGAGCCGGCAGACCGAUCAGCUGGAAACCCCCGACAUUCUGCCCGCAAUCUGUGCGGUUGGCGGGGUGUUGGUGGGUCUCUUCAUGGGCUUCGGCGCCUUCAAGGCGUUCAACUCGUCGAACAACAACUGACGGGAUCCGCAAUCCCUCACACGGACCUUAUUGGCAUGGUGCAACAUACAAAUUUGUUUUUCCAAAAGCUAGCGAAUAUAGCCACUAAUUUAAAGCACAGUGUAAUAUACGAUUACAUUUCAAGGUAGAUAAAAAUUUAAAUAAAAUUCGGUUAAUUCUUCAAAAAGCCUCCCUA